CGAAGGGUUGUAGUGUGCGUGGUCAAGCGGCCGGUUCGGAUGCGACCGCGAAUAAACGGCCGAUCCCGGCCCCGAGCAGCUUCAGUUCGUAGCGGUUCUUUAGGGUGGCCGGUUCACCGUCAGCAGUAGCACAAGCAGCAGUAGCAGCAUCCGGCUAUCAUUAUCAUCAUCAUCAUCAUCAGCAGUGGUGAUCUUGCGUGCGCCCAAGUCAAGUUCAAUCCAAUCGUGAGGGAAAGGCGACGACGACGAGGACGACAAUGGAGGCACUGCUCAACAGUCAGUGUAGCGCGCAGAGCGUUGGAACGGCCAACCAGCUGUUUGGUCUGCUCGUGCAGACCAUUCUGGCCGCCCAGUGUACGAUCUCUCCACCGGACAUGUGGCCCAAGGACUACGGACCGACGGCCCUGGCACGGGGCCUCGACGAGUACGAUUUCGUGAUUGUCGGUGCCGGUUCGGCGGGCUCGGUGUUGGCGAACCGUUUAUCCGAAAAUCCGGACUGGAAGGUGCUGCUACUAGAGGCGGGCGGUGAUCCACCGAUCGAAUCGGAGGUCCCUUAUCUAGCGUUCGGUUUGAUGCAUACUCCGCACGUGUGGAACUAUUACGUGGAGAAGAGUGACACCGCGAGCAAGGGCUACAAGAACGGGAGCUACUGGCCACGCGGUAAGAUGCUCGGUGGAUGUAGCAGCAACAACAUCAUGCUGUACGUACGCGGUAACAGCCGCGAUUAUGACCGAUGGGAGCAGCUUGGCAAUCCGGGCUGGGGUUGGAGCAAUGUGCUGGAGUAUUUCAAGAAAUCCGAGGACAACGGUGGCCAACAUCUGCUGCAGGAGAAGGGUGACUACCACGCGAAGGGAGGGCUACUGAAGGUGAACUCGUUCAUGGCGAAUGAGUUGACCAAGCUCGUCAUUACGGAGGCCGCCUUGGAGUUGGGAAUUCCCGAGCUGAUGGAUGUCAAUAGCGAUGAGUACAUUGGGUUCAAUGUGGCGCAGGGAACGGUGCACAAGGGUAAGCGCUGGAGCACGGCUAAGGCUUUCCUGAACAGUGCCAAGGACCGGCCGAAUCUGCACAUCAUCAAACAUGCGCACGUCACGAAGGUGAACUUUGAGGGUACGACGGCUACGGGAGUGACCUUUGAUUUGCCCGACGCCCCAGGACAAACGGUGCGUGCCAAAAAGGAGGUGGUACUGUCGGCUGGAGCACUCAAUUCUCCUCAGAUCCUGCAGUUGUCCGGAGUUGGUGCACGUGCGGACUUGGAACGGUUAGGCAUCGAGGUGGUAAAGGAUGUUCCGCAUGUGGGUGAGAAUCUGCAGGAUCAUCUGAUUGUGCCGCUCUUCCUUAGUCUUCACGGUUCGCGACCUAUCGAGCGGAGUUUCGAUGAGCUGCUGGAUAGCAUCUACAGCUACAUGCGGUAUGGUCUCGGUACGUUCGGUACGAUUGGAGUAACGGAUCUGCUCGGGUUCGUUAACACCCAGAACCCGGCCGCGCUCUUUCCGGACAUACAGUACCAUCAUAUGCUGCAACCCUGGAAGACACCGGACAUGGAGAUGGCGACGAAGGCGUUCGGGUAUGAGGACUUUAUCGCUGAACAGCUGAUCCGGCAGAACCAGGAAUCGGAGAUUCUAACCGUACUCGUGACGUUGCUUAAUCCGAAAUCGAAGGGCACGGUUAAGCUACGUUCGGCUGAUCCGCACGAUGCACCCACGAUUCACGCCAACUAUCUGGACGAUCAGCGCGAUUUAAACACCGUGGUGCGGGGCAUUCGGUUCUUCCGCAAGCUGCUCGAUACCGACAACUUUGGCUAUCAUGAGCUAAAGGACAUUCGGCUGAAGAUUGAGGAGUGCGAUCGGCUGGAGUACGAUUCCGAUAGCUACUGGGAGUGUUAUGCGCGGUACUUGAGCACCACUCUUUACCAUCCGACCGGAACGGCCAAGAUGGGUCCGGACGGUGAUGCGGCGGCCGUCGUGGACUCGCGGUUGAAGGUGAGAGGUUUGAAGAAUUUGCGUGUCAUCGAUGCCAGUAUCAUGCCCGAUAUCGUCAGUGGAAACACGAACGCCCCGACCAUCAUGAUUGGGGAGAAGGGCGCUGACUUUAUCAAGGAAGAUCAUGGCGUACCGGUGGAUCCGCCUGCCCGGCAUACUGAGUUGUAAAGAGGGUUUGUUUUUCUCGAAAUAAAACGAUGCAUUGGUG